AUGUCCGUUCAUAGAACCAAGUACGCCGCGGUAGUUUGUGGCGGCGGACCUGCAGGAAUCACGGUGCUCGGAAACCUUUUAGAGAGGAAGGUCGGCCCAGUGCUCUGGAUAGACGAUCUUUUUGAGGCCGGCCGAGUGAACAAAUCAUACAGAGAGGUGCCGUCAAACACCAAGGUCAAACUAUUUGUGGACUUUGCAGAGGCCGUAUCACCAUUUCAAAAGAUUCUGAAAGAUACACCAUCACCCCAUGCGGUCGACUAUCUUCGAGGGCUUCCCCAAGAUACGGGAUGCGAUCUCGGCUAUGCCGCAGACAUGUGUCUCCUCCUUACUGAAGGCUUGAAGAAAGCACCUGGUGUUGAAGCCCGUCAGGGCAGGGUCAUCGAUGCUACUCUGAGCGAAACCAACGAUUGGGUAGUCAACAUCAAGCUCUCGAACGAUGAGACGAGCAGGGCAAUCUCAUCGAGGAUCAUCCUCUGUACUGGCUCUUCCCCAACGAACCAAUCACUCCCGGUUGAUAUACCAGAGCUCUCCCCCUUGGAACUGGACCACGCGCUGAGUCCAACUUUGCUGGCAAAAGACUUACCAAAGGAGCCUACUACUGUCGCUGUCAUUGGAGCAUCGCACAGUGCCGUCCUAGUCCUUAUCAAUCUAUACAAACUCGCUUCAUCAACUCACCCCGAUCUGCGCAUCAAAUGGUUCACAAGGCACCCUCUCCGAUAUGCUGAAUUUAUGGAAGGGUGGAUCAAGCGAGACAACACCGGGCUCAAGGGCGCUGCCGCAGCUUGGGCAAAGGAGAACUUGGAACCCGAAAAGUUCGAAUCAUCUCCCGUCAGCAAUUUCAUCACAAAGGUGGCUUACGAAAAAGACAACGAGAACGAGACAUACGAGAAACACCUUUCUGGUUGCAAUCGCUAUGUGCAAGCCAUUGGCUACACUAGAGACCCUUUGCCGGGACUCAAAGAUGCUCGUGGCUCCGAUAUAACGUACAACUACCAACCUGACACUGGGUCAUUCAAGAAUGUGGAAGGCAAACCGAUUCCUGGUCUCUUUGGUGCCGGUAUCGCUUGGCCAGAGAAAGUCACCGACCCCGAGGGCAGCGUAGAAUGGGCUGUAGGCUUCUGGAAGUUUAUGCGUUACGCAAAGAGAGUCGUUCCUGACUGGAACUAG